AUGAACACUCUGGCGGCUGCGGUCCGUCCUCUGCGGCUCUCUGCGCCCUGCGCCCGGACAAUCCCGGCAGCGCAGGAGCUCCGGCCCGGAGACUCUUCCAUCAGGAGGAACCUAAACGUCCAGACGUCCACGGAGACUGGGAGGCUGAAGACCAUCGACGAACUUCCGGGGCCCAGCAUACCCACCAGCCUGUACUGGAUGUUAUUCAAAGGAUAUUCAAAAAGAAUGCACCUAAUGCAGGUUUUACAGAAGAAUCUGUACGGGCCCAUUUGGCGCUCUAAGGUUGGCUCGUUUGAAAUGGUCAGUGUGGCGAGUUCGGAAUUCAUAGCUCAAGUGAUCCAGCAAGAGGGUCGCUACCCUGUCCGAGCUGAUAUGUCUCACUGGAAGGAUUACAUGGACCUGAGAGGACAUGACUACGGCCUGCAUGUGAGCACAGGAACAGACUGGUACCAAAUCCGCAAAUGUUUGAACCCCAAAAUGCUGAAGCUGGGGGAAGUGUCAGUUUAUGCCUCCACCAUACAACAGGUGGUCGGAGAUAUGGUGCAACGCAUUGAGGUCCUUCGCUGUCGCAGUCAGGACCAGGCCACGGUUUCAGACAUGGCGGCUGAGCUCUACAAGUUUGGCUUCGAGGCUGUCUCUUCAGUCCUGUUUGAAACCAGGCUGGGCUGCCUGCAGGAGGAUAUUCCCCACGACACACUGAAAUUCAUCGCCGCUGUCAACACCAUGUUGGGGUUGUCUGAUGCAGUGUUUUUUACCCCACGCUGGAGCCGCAGCAUCCUCCCCCUCUGGAAACGUUUUGUUCAGGCUUGGGACGACCUCUGUAGCGUAGGCCAGAAACUCAUCGACAGGAGAAUGGCUGAAAUCGUGGCUCAGGUGCGCAGCGGUGAGCCAGCAGACGGUCUGUACCUGAGUUAUCUGCUGUCCAGUGAAAAGCUGACCAGAUCCCAGAUCUACAUCACUUUGACAGAGCUGCUGCUUGGAGGAGUCGACACGACAUCCAACACCUUGACGUGGACUUUGUACCACUUAGCACGGGACGAGAGGGCUCAGGAGCUGCUGUACCGCCAGGUGAACUCCGUGUGUCCCAACAAACGGGAACCGACCACAGACGACCUGAGCAGGAUGCCCUACCUGAAGGCUGUCAUAAAGGAGACGUUACGCCUUUAUCCCGUGGUACCUGGAAAUGGACGCUAUGUUACUGAGAAUGAGGUGAUUGUGGGCGACUAUUGGUUCCCGAAGAAGACUCAGUUCCAUCUGUGUCAUUUUGCUGUCUGUCACGAUGAGGCAACGUUUCCGAAUCCAGAGCAAUUCACCCCAGAUCGCUGGCUCCGCUCUGUGACCUCCGGCUGGCUGCCACAAAGCUUAAACAAGCAUCGACCGUACAGCUAUAUCCCGUUUGGUGUUGGGGUGCGAGCCUGCGUGGGGAAGAGGUUGGCGGAGAUGGAGAUGCAUUUUGCUCUGUCGAGGCUGAUGCAGCACUACAAGGUCAAGCCAGAGGAAGGCGCCACGAUUGUGCACCCUAAAACUCGAGUCCUGCUGAUCCCCGAAAAGCCCAUCAACCUGCGCUUCCUGCCCAGAGCCGAGUGAGGAGCGGAGAGUUUGUGGGAGGAGACGAGGAUUUUGCUCUGUGGUUCCGCUGACUAAUGGAAUUGGCAUAUGAACCCACACUUAGUGUUAAGAAUGUGUGUGUGUUUUGUGGCCUUGCAGGGUGCACACUGCCCCUCUCUGACAAUAGUGGAAAUGCAGCCUUUACAUAACAUUGCACUCAUUUCUCUCAGGAGUAAUUCCUGUGCUUUUAUUCAUCACAUUAAAAGUUAUUUCACCUUUAACACAAGGUUGAGCGUUUACACCAAAAAAGAAAAUCUUUUUAUGGUGGAGGCAAGGGAAGGAGGAUUUAGGAAACAAAGCAACAAGAUGCAUAAGGAAGGAAACAAGGAGGUAUGGAAAGGAAAGAGAAUUGUAUAAAGGGAAACCAUUUUGCUUUUAUUCAAGAAUUGUUUAACAAAAUGUUUAUUUAACUUUACUCUACUCUAUAGUGUCUAAGUAUAAUCUUGGUGGAUGAUGAAAAGUACAAUGAAAGUACGUUUUCUGUGUUUUUAACUGUUUGAAAUGCUGUUACUAAUGUAAAUGUAUAAUGCUACGCCUCCUCCCUGUGCUGGAGUUUACAGAUUGGGAAAAACAAAAUCCCAAUGUGGAAUUUUUUUUAUAUUAUAUAAAUGUUUUUAUAUUUGUGGCAUUAACCUUUUGUUUAUUUUGCAUGAAUGUUGAUGCAGUUGAUGAUGGAUUCAACAUGUGAUGCAAAAUUUAACACACUUUAUUUUAACAUCUGCACAGGUACACAUUAUUGCAACGUUACAUUAAAAUCU